AUGACAGAUGCCCCGGAACAGGAGAUGCCUCAGAGCAUCAUGUGCAUCAGGUGUGAGGAAGAGACAAGCAUCUUGACGAGCUACCCAACUGGAAGGAACUGCUUGAGGCGGAUCUGCUCCUGCUGUUCGUCCACAGACCGGUGCCUCUCUCGGAUGGCUAAAGCACCGAAGAAGGGCUCUGCCGAAGAAGCCAAAGAAAGCGAGGAGGCCAAGAAAGCUCGAAAAAGCGCUGAGGCCCUGAGGGGAAGCGUGGCCAAGAUGGGUUCCUCGGAGCGUGCCCAGUGGUACCGCCAAGAGAAACGGAAGCGGGCAACCGAGUCAAAGAAAAGCCGCAGGACCUUCGCAACGGCAGUGGGGGCCUUGGAAGAGACUCGCCAGACUGGGAACGAAGAUUGCAGCGGCUCACGAUACAUGACCCCCCGCGACUGGUGCGCACGGGAAAUGAUCCUGAAGCAGUACAGUACCUUGGAGGAUGCUAUGGUAGCCUACGAGCAGCGCUGCACAGAUCCGGACGUUGUGACCAAGGAGAUCAACGGGGAACUCUGCCUCCGGGUCAACAACGGAGGUCUGGAAACUGUCGUGGACCGCCAUACCGUUGCAGCAUCCGUGCGGCAGCGGACUGACCUUGGCGAUGGCGAGCAGCUUGAUGGUUUCGAAGAGGAAAUCGGACCUCGCAUGAAACGUGCUUCUGACAAGCUCCAAACAGAGCGGCUUCUGUCAGAGCAGCAGGGCAAGCAGGCCUACGUUCCGGCCGUCGCGGUGCGACGAGAUUUGGAGCAAGAGAAGGAAGUUGCUGAGAACAGAGCUGCUGAAUUUCAGCAGCAAGCCUUGGCACUCAAGGAGAAAGCUGAUCAAAAGAGGAAAGAGUUGAAGGAGAAGCAAGCAACCCAGCUUCCCUCCUUGGCAGUGGCAAAGCUCAGCCUCACCAACGCUAUCCACAAGGCAAAUGCUUCGAUGUCCGAGCUGUUGAAGCGUCAGAAGGCCACAGCAGACACCUUGUGCAAGGACUUGACGAAUGCUUUGUGCAUGUCAGACGUCCCCGUGAAGAGAGAAGCCGAGGAAAAGACGAAAGUGCUGAAUGGCAAGAUCAAGGACCUGGAGACUGCCAUGGAGGAGUCCAUCGCAGAAUGGAACACCAAGGCUGGUGACGAAAGCCUUGACAUCGAAGCCAUGGUGUCAAUGGAGAAGGAUCUGGCAGCCUACAUGAAGGAGUGGCACCUUGGCAAGCACUGCCAGGCAGUGUUGGACACGAAGCAGCAGAUUAAAAACUUCCGCGAAUUCACCUCAGACUGCAAGAAGGAGGUGAAGAAGCGGGACAAGCUGGCCGCGAAGGCGACAGUGAGGGGUUCGAACAAGAAGGCCAAGCUUGAUCAUCCGAACAGCCAGGCAGCUGCCGAGACCCCCGCCUUGGUGGUCAAUCUGUUGAAGCACCUCAAGGAGAACCCGCUUCCCGAUGAAACCGUCAACUGCGCAACGGAGCCAGAGGAUGAGAUGACAGUGCCCCUUCUGCUCCCACCAACGCCGAUGGAAGGCUUUACCCGGGAUGUGACCCGGCACGAGUAUUACAGCGAGCAAAAGAAGUGGGUGGAGCAGAUGCUGCUGAGGAGCAGCCAGAAGUAUUCGUGUGCGGUGGUCACCAGAGACAAUGUGGCCAGGCCCUUCUUGCAGCAGCUGGACCAGAUCCUGCCGGUGCCACUGCGUUCCGUGGCACGACCCUCGAGCAAGGAGCUGCAAGAGAUCUGGCAGUUGUACUUUUACCAGAUGGCCGGGGACUCCGGCCGCCUCUCGAUGUCCACUGACUGGGGCUUGCCCGAAUUGCGCAUCUGCUGCGAAGGCAAGGAGAUCUACUUGGGGUUCCCCGUGAAGAAGCUAGCCGGCAACACGACGGCCGAGAUGCUGCAGCACCUGGAGCGGAUGCGUGCAGAAGAGUUCCUCACGGCAGUUGAGCGGGAUGGCUGGUGUGUGACAUGCCGCCCUGGGAGGGGAGGCGUGCUGCCCACGAAUUGUUUGUUCGUUCAUCUGAGCCUGGAGGGACCUGAGACCUGCCACGGAGCCAGGAUUCACAUCGUGUCUGACAAAAGCCUCCAGACGGCUCUCACUCACCUGGAGAGGCAGGUCCAACAGGACCCGACACUGGAGUCCAAAAGAACCGGCCAGCUGCUGAAGUGGAUCCGCGAGAGGUGA